CACCACCGACACACUCGAACAACAUGCUGCUCACAAGCUCCUUUUUCUCCAUGCCACCACAGCAGCAGUACUAUUCGCCGUACACGCCACCAAGGUCAUCACCACUCUCGGAACGAUCCGCAAAUGUCGCGCCACGCCUAUUCGACUUCAGCAUGGCUUCACAAUCGAACGACAAGAAAUCUCCUACACCGCAACGCGCGUACAAGGCAAAUCCCGUGAUUCAGACGCGCGACGCGGCGACAAAGCGGAGGAGGGACAUGUUCUUCAAGCGCGUACAGAAUGGACGCGAGGACAAGAAGUGGGAGGCACGAGGAGAACAGAUCCAACAACUAGACUUCGUCUCUGAGCGCAAACGCUGGGAAGCGGAGAAGGCGCGUCAAGCCCCGAAGGAGGAUGACAACAUGGUCGAACAAAUCAUCGAAGACGCGCCUUUGCCUGAUUGGACGACUCCAUUGCCUCAAUCGACACAUGAGAUGACCGAGGCGGACUACAUAGCUGCCCAAGAAGAGUACGAGCUGCAGCAAAUGAUCGCAGCAAUGGAGGAACAAGACCAGGAAAAUGACGCGGCGUCACAACACUUCGGUAGCGACGAUGAAGACUACGACCAGCUGUUCAUGGACUGUGCAGUUGACCAACAGUACCAGCAUUCAUCGCAACAAAUGGGUGCGAGCUUCCAAGACACAGGAGCGAUGGACAUGGACAUGACCGAUGGUUGAUUAGUUAGCCUCGCUUUCUUAAUAUACGUCACCCAUCGUGGGGUAAAGGUGUAAGAACAGAAUUUGUACAUUGGGUAUUUGAGGAAGAUCUGGGGUACCAGACCUGGGUCUGAAGUAGCUACUGAGUCGGACAUCCUUGGUCCAUAUCCUGCAAUACUUCUUGCGCAGCAUUCAUAUCGCCUACAAGGUCGGGUGGCGGCGAACCAGCAGCUUGCAUCUACAUCACGUUAGCCGUUUGCAAUAUAGCAUCACCAUCAGAGAUAGGAGCAAUACAUACCUUCUGCAUCCUUUCUACGAUA